GUCGGAAUCGUCGGCCACCCCGGCCAACCCCUCGUACGACCGCUGGGCGCAGAUCCGCCGGAAUGCGGCCGAACGUGCCGCGCAGUCGGAUCCGGCCCAGAUGAGUGGCACCGACGACGGAAACACCAGCGAGGAAGAGAGUUUCGAAACCCGCGCCGCGCGGAUCAAAGCCCGAGUAGCCGAGCUGACGGGCAACAUGCAGCAGCAAUCAUAAGCUGUUCUCCUCAUUUCUCCUUCUCAAUCCUUCUUUCCAAUUCUUCCAAUUUCCGUUCCACCCGCUUGACAGCGUUCCUUUUGUAUCUUGACUUCUCCUUCGGUUCACCCCCCUUCACGACUUCUUCUCGCGUGCAUGAGCCCAACAUGCCAUCCCGCAAUUCUGCGCCAACCAGGCAGACGAAUGACGGACCUACGCCGCAAUGCCUCACUCACGCACGCACUUAUCAUUCCAUUCUUCUUUCGUUUCGACCGUUCGUCUCUCGACGGGCGUUUGAGACGACCCUUUUUAUUUCCAACCCUUAUACCUGCUUUGGUUUUUGAUUCCCCAAUUUUGCUCUGCGCUGAUUUACUCGGUCUUUUUUCCUGUGUUUACUAUUCUUCAAUUGAUUGGAUGGACGUCUUGACUAGAUUGUCUAUUAGUUUUUUUCUCUAUUUACUUUUGUCUUUUUUUCCCUCGCUUCCCUUCUCGUCUCCUAAAUAUAUCCCAAGAUCCUGAGUUCAACUUCGUUCGCUAUAUAACCCUAUAUAAAUAUUUAUAUCUAGUUUGUGAUGGUUGAUAGUACUAAUUAG